CCGGUGAAAGACGUUCUCCUCGCGACGUCUACUUUUCGGACUCGUACCCUCUCGGUCAACUCGAAAUUCGACGAUGUUGGUCUACCUGACCACGCUACUAUUAGUAGCCUCGGCGUUCUCGAAGCCAGCUCCGGAACCACCUGUGAGCUCAUAUUUCCCGCCAUCGAGCGGUGCUAGUCUUUCAAGUGGAUCCGGUAGCUACGGUCCCCCAUCGCUUCCGGAUCGUUAUGGUCCACCCCAGCAACAACCCGUCGUCCACAAACACGUGUACGUCCACGUACCACCUCCUGAAGCACCAGAAUACAAACCGCCGAAAUAUAUUCCUCCGGCGGCACCUCCUCAGAAACACUACAAAAUCGUGUUCAUAAAGGCGCCGACGCCACCGACGCCUACCGCUCCUCAACUUCCGCCAUUACCUCCUCAAGAUGAAGAGAAGACCUUGAUUUAUGUUCUGGUGAAGAAACCGGAAGAGGCGCCCGAAGUAGUGCUUCCGACUCAGGCACCGACGCAACCCAGCAAACCGGAAGUUUACUUCAUCAGAUAUAAGACACAGAAAGAAGCACAGAGCGCGGAAUAUGGACCUCCGCAAGCACCACCGUCAGACAACUACGGUGCACCACCGUCAAGUUCAGGAGGGCCCUAUUAAAACGCUUUAAUCGCGAGCGAUAUUUGUCGCGAAUGAAACACUCGAAUCUCUAAUUACAGGGAUAUUGUUUGGGAAAAUCGUCUAGGAGGUUUUGGAGACCGAUCCGUGAUACGGAUUACUACUACCGAUAUUUGUAGAUUUACCGUUCCGUAGAUUUAGACAUUUUGAGUAUUUAUCACUGUAAAUCCAUAGAUUACCGAAGAUGUGGUAUUACAUCUUGUGCAAAAAAUUGUACCACAUAGACGUUCGACUAAAGAAUUUGUUCGAUAUGUUAGAUUAGAAAUAAUUGUAAUAAAUGAAUUUAUAUUUUAAUAAAACUAUUUGUACUUUU